UCUAUCAAAAAUACCUUUGUUCUUAUCUCUAACAAAUUGGUCCGACCUGCCGUUGAAUGGCGAACACACGUGAUUCCCGCAUAGAGACGUUAGAGAAGAACCAAGAUGCACUGCGUACUGAAUUCACUACAUUGACCGAUCGAUUUGCAGCCGUAGAAGCUUCUGUGGCUAGGAUGUCUGAUCUCAUCGCUCUCUCCUUCCAAGGCGGAGGGCACAACAAUGCCAGUGCUUCAUCAACUUCCAUCCCAACGCCGAAUUCAACCUCUCUCCCAGAACAUGUUCAGCCGGACAACACCUCGCUGCCCAUUGGAAAAACAGAACUCCCUACAUUUGAAGGCACCGAUCCAAUUGGGUGGUUAGCUAGAGUGGAGCAGUACUUUGCCAUUCAUCACACCCGAGAGGAUUUGAAGGUCCCAACAGCUUUCGUUAGUAUGGAGGGGGCAGCUCUACAUUGGCUCCGAUGGCUACAACAACAACAACCCACUCUUACUUGGACUCAAUUCACACAUGACCUUUUGGAAGAAUUUGGCGACGAAUUGCCUGGGCCACCGUUUGAACAGCUUGCCGCUCUUCGUCAAACGGGCUUGGUGGAUGAAUUCAUCGCUGCGUUUCGAGCUCGCAUUGCCCAAAUUCCUGGACUUGCUCCUCACAUUCAAUUAGGGCUUUUUCUCAACGGCUUGAAACCUGCAAUUCGGGUGCGGCUCCGACCGAAUGAUGUGACAGAUCUCCGAACAGCGAUGCGUGUCGCUCGCGCGGCAGAACGAGAAAUUGAAUUUCUCUCCACAAGCCGGCUCCUUGGACGCAGUCUGAAAGACGAAAAUGCAGCGCUCCAGAUAAUUCAUUCACAUAGUGGGUCUACUUGGUCUAAUGGGCAUGGGAAGAAUUCCCAAACCAAUUCUAUUUUGAAUUAUUCACAGCCCAAACCCAUUCCAACCCAGUCUCAAUUUUCUGGCAGCAAUCAAACAUCUUCCUUCCCCUCCCAAACACAACCUGUGUUUCCUGCUAUGCAGUCUUCAGUACGCAAUUCCAGCACAUCAACAUCACGAGCUCCGGCACGACAUUAUUCUAACAAAGAGUAUCUGGACAUGCGCGCCAAAGGACUUUGUUUCCGUUGUCAGCAACCGUACAGUCCGCUUCAUGUAUGCCCGAAUAAAUCCUUGCAAACUCUAAUUGCAGCAGAGGAUGACGAGGACGACACGAGUGACGAGCCUGGUGUAACUGACCAAAUCGACACCGGACAAUAUAGGGCAGUCUUUCCAAUCUAGCCUUGGGGACAAGGCUGUUUCUUUGGUGGGUGGCAAUGAUACGCACCCAAAAUAAGAGAUGGUUUACUCAGAAAAAAAGGAAGGAUGCAAAUCAGGCAAAUCAGAAUAUACAAGGAAGGCUUAACUCAAGGGAUUUUGACAAAAAUAGAUAGAGGCAUAAUCAUCUCAACAAUCAUCUCCACAAUCAUCUCCUUUCUAUAAUUAUUUAUUUCCUAGCACUAUAAAUUAGAAUCUCUAGAUGAGAGUAAAUCAUCCAAUAAUCUUCCAUAGUCUUUAAGCUUUAGUAGCUAGGCAAGAGCCUAAAACUCUUGUGGGGCAAGAGCCUAAAACUCCUGUUGGGGGAAGUCUUGUGACUUCCUAUUUCUUUUCUUUAGUUUCUAGUCUAUCAAAAAUACCUUUGUUCUUAUCUCUAACAGAACGCUUUGAGAGAGGCAGGAAAAAUUGUAGGGCACGAUUUACAGGGUGAUAAAUACAACGGGUAUGAAUUAGCAUGUAUUCAAGGAGUUAUUAAUGACAUAUUCAAACUGCUUCCAACCCAAAGCAUUCAGAAAAAUUUAGUGGAUUUAGAGUCACAACUUAAGAACAUAAAUAGCUUGAUGGAAAUGUCUUUUAGAGAUGAUGUUAAAUUAAUAUUGGGCAUUUGGGGUAUGGGCGGUAUAGGGAAAACAACUCUUGCAAGAGUUGUUUUUGCUCAAUUAUCUGAAAGAUUUGAUUGCGCAUGUUUUCUUGCUGACAUUCGAGAAAAUUAUAGUAAACAUGGACUGGUAGCCUUGCAAAAGAAACUCCUAUCAGAACAUCUGGAGGGAAGUUCAGUGCAUAUAGAGGACGCGGAUAAAGGAAUUUGGGUGAUCAAGGAAAGGCUCCAAUUGCAGAAAGUAUUGAUUGUUCUUGAUGAUGUAGAUCAAGAGGAGCAAUUGGAUAAAUUAGUUGGAGACGGUGAAUGGCUUCACAAAGGUAGUUUAGUCAUCAUAACUACCAGAGACAAACAUUUACUCACCCAAUUUGGAGUUGCCUAUAAAUGUUAUGAAGUAAAGAAACUGGAAAAAGAAAAAGCUCUUCAACUAUUUAGUUGGCAUGCUUUCAAGAAAGAAUCUCCAGAUGAUGGAUUUGUAGAUUUGUCUACAUCUUUUGUAACUUACGCUGCUGGUCUUCCAUUAGCUCUUAAAGUCUGGGGCUCUUUUCUACGUGGACGAAACCAUAAACAGUGGGAAAGUACGCUGGAGAUGAUUAAAACCAUCCCAGAUGAGGAGGUUAUUGAGAAGCUUAAGAUAAGUUUUGAUGGGCUUAAAGAUGGAGAGAAAAGGAUAUUUUUGAGUAUAGCAUGUCUGUUUCGUAAAAAGAGUAGAGAUUAUGUAGAAGAUGUACUUAAGAGUUGUGAUUUGUUUCCUGGCAUUGGAAUAUCAGUGCUAAUCGAAAGAUCUCUUGUGUUUGAAUCAAAUGGAUGUAUAGAUAUGCAUGAUUUGAUUCAAGAAAUGGGUUUGCGCAUUGCAAGAGAAAAUCCUAGGAGGAUGAUAUGGCAGCUUGAUGACCUGUUAGAUGACGUGGAUCAUGAAGAGAUGGAAGGUGUUUUGGUCACAUUCAAAUACCGACGUAGCUAUAAUAAUAUUAGCUGUGUCAUUGAAGCUUUCAAAGGGAUGAAAAAAUUGAAGAUACUCAUAGUUAAAGGCCUGUUUGGUAUCGAUUUUUACAGUUCAGAGUUUGAGGAAAGAUUUGGUUGGAACACUGUGGAUAAUUAUCUUCCUAGCAGUUUGAGGUGGCUUCAUUUCUCAUGUUAUCCUUUCUUUUCAUUACCCGAAAGCUUUCAUCCAUCAAAUCUGGCUGGGUUUCAUUUACCUCAUAGUUCACUCAGAACUUGCAUCAUAACAAAGAACAUGAACAAAUUGGUUUAUUUGGAUCUCAGCUCUUCCCACUUUUUGUUGGAAACCCCAAACUUUCUAAUGAUGCCAAAUUUAGUGAGAUUAGUCUUCCGAGACUGUAUCAAUUUAAAAGAAGUCCAUCCAUCUAUUGGACGUCUUGAGAAGCUUGUUUUAUUGGAUUUAAGUAAAUGCGGCAAUCUUAAGAAGCUUCCCAGCUUCACUCAAGUCAAAUCUCUGGAGUUUCUCAAUCUUGGCUUUUGCCGGAAAUUAGAAAAUUUUCCAGAGAUCCAGGCAAGUAUGCCAUAUCUACUGGAGCUGGAAUUAGAAUCCAGGAUUAGAGAACUCCCCUCAUCCAUCCAACAACUACAUGGCCUCACUAAACUACGUUUGGUUGAUUGUCAUUAUCUUUUUCAACUUCCUGAAAGCUUAUGUGAGUUAAAAAAUCUUAAAGUUGUUGAAUUUGAAGGAUGUCCUGAAUUGAAGUCCUUGCCAGAAAAUUUGGGCAACUUGUCACAAUUGGAAAAGCUUCAUAUACAGAGAACCGCCAUUUCUCAACUCCCAUCUUCAAUCAAGCAGUUGAGUUCAAUUGAAUACUUAUACUUUGGAGAUAUUAUUUCUCCAUGGGAAUGGAUCAGCUACAGUCCCAAAGUAGUUGUACCUAGUGUAUCAUGUUUGUUCUUACUAAAAAUGCUCGAGCUGUGUUCCCUUUUGAUGUUGGACGAAGGACUCCCUCAAGAUAUUGGAUGCUUGUACUCUUUGGAAUACUUGAAUCUGAGUUACAACGAUUUUGUACAUUUACCUGAAAGCAUCAGUCAACUCCCUCGGCUUAAAUACCUUGACAUCAGAUAUUGUACGAGGCUUGAAGAGCUACCACAACUCCCACCAACUAUAUGGGAAUUAUAUGCAGAUAUUCGUUUUGCCUUUGAAAGCAAUAUAGCUGAGCUAUCAACCAAAUGCUUGGAAUUAUAUUCAAUCACAUUCACUCAUAAUUUUGGGGUUGUCCAUUUUUCUUCAGAACCAUCAUACAUGCCAGAAGCAUCAGACAUGCUGGAAUCAUCAGAAAACAGGAAGCUCAGCCUUUUUUCAAGGAUUUUUCUUAGAAAGACUCCUCUCAGUGUUAUCUAUCAUAACGAUAUCAACAGAUGCUUCAAAUAUAAAUGUGAUGGCGCAAGUAGGAUCUCAAUUGAUCUUCAACCCUUCUGGUACACUCCAAAUUUUCUGGGAUUUGUUGUAUGCUGUCUUCUCCCUUUAAGAGGUAUAUGGAAACCACAUAUGGAACGUUGUGCGGUCAUAGCCAAACUGGCAAGCAAUGAUAAUAGAAGAAAUGAAGCUCCCCAAACAAAGUGUGUGAUCACCAAGUCAGAUAAGUAUAAAAGAUCCUUUAUGUGGCGAAGUACUUGCAUUGCCUACAUACCAUUUAGUAGUCUGUGGAAUGAAUCUAAGGCUGAGAAAGAUGGUGUUACUCCCAAUGAUUAUUCAACAUUUGAGGCAUUUCUGGAUUCUCAACAUUCAACAGAUUGGGGUUGUAGUUUGUUCUAUAAAGAUGAUGAUUUGAUUAUUGAAUCGGUCAGUUCUCGCUCUAAAUAAUUUGUAGCGGCUAGCUUGUCCCGGUGGUAGUGAUUCAGGUAAUAUUGGCUACAAAUAUUGCAGAAUCUUCAGUUACAAUACCCAAGGUGGGUUAUGUCAUUGAUUCGUGUCGUUCUCUUCAAGUUUUCUGGGACAACUACAGGAAAACAGACUGUGCAGAGCUUGUCUGGGUCUCGAUCAACAUCUCAGGUAAUGAGUGAACCAUACACUUUGAAAGAACCGGACAUGAAAAUCUCAGGUAACGAGUGACUGGUGUGUAGGUGUGAGCUUGUCUGGUUAACGAGUGACUGGUGUUGGUUUGCCUAGGCAAACAAACAUUUGACAUGAGAACCAUAACGAGAGAACCAGACAUGAAAAUCUCAGGUAACGAGUGAACCAUACACUUUGAAAAUCUCUGGAUAUGGCAGUUUUAUACCAUCUCUGGAGAUCCUGAAAUCUGGCCGUGUGGGAGCGGAACCUGCCAUCCCCGAAGAAAGUUUGGCGACAAGCUUCAUCAGCACUGCUACAAUGGCAGCAGGGUCCAUCACCGCUCGACGGCGUUGCCAGCAGCACUUGGUCCGCUUGUGCAGCAACCGGCCUCCCUCCCUCCAUCGACGCCGGUUAUCGCCCGGACUCGGGGGAUGCAUGCCUCUUUCGCAGCAGUUUUUCUCACUUCAAAUGGAGCGUUUUUGGCUGCGGUUUGCUGACGUCUCCCCCGGUGCUUCUCACCGCUCAUGGCCGAGGCCCUCGCCUGUCGGGAAGCGCUAUCUUGACUUAAGGAGCGUGAUAUAUUAUCUGUAAAUCUCUUCACCGAUUGCUCGGAGCUCCGGUGUUCUUUAUCAUCCAUCACCAGCAUUCGGUCAUAUGCCGGAAUUGCAAUCAACGACGUCAGGCUUUGCCUUCUUUUACAUAUUUAUGCAUUAGCUUAGUGCUGAGAUCGACUAAUGUACUUGCGCACUCUUUAGCUUCUUCCUUGCGAACUAUAUGUAUUGGGACUCGCUAUUUCUGCUUUGCUUUAAUAUAUG